AUUUGUUUUCGCCAAAAACCGAUUUGGAAACGAAUAGAAAUGUAAAAAUUUAAACCGAAUCUAAUAAUAUUAUUAUUGUUAUAACCGUCGGGCUCUUCUGCCAAGUCAGCCCGACACGAUCAAAGUUAUGCUUCCAUCGGAUUGGGCCAUGAAGUUCAUCAUAGGCACGUCUCGGUGUUAUGCCGUCAAAAAUUGUAGAUUAUUGAAUUUCGAAAAUAGCACAUAUAAAAACCAUAGAUUUUUCAGGUAUGUGCCAAUUAUAAUAUUAACUUAGUACUUACUUAUGAAUGUAUUAAAUGGUCGUCGUUUGCCCAGUCUAUUUAUUUCAAUAAAGGUAUUGAUUUCUGUUAACUAGCCAUAUGUCUACAAUAGUUUCAAUACAUUUUUUCUCACAUUUAGACAAUUAAUUAGCAUUUGGCAAUAACAAACUAUUAUUCAAGGGAUUUGUUUCUAAAUAAUGAGAGAUUUUGUUGAGACAUAUUUAUCUUUAGCCAAAUAUUUUACACCUUGUAAUGAUGUUUCCAAUUCUUUAUUUUGAACAUAGUGUACCUAUGUGGUCUUUUGAAGGUACCCAUUGUUUACACCGAUUUUAUUAAGUAUAACAAUGUAAUGUAAUUUAAACCAUUUUUUCUAUUUACUGUUUGUGAUCAAGAAUAAGUUGUAUGUGUUAAAAAAAUUAUUACUGUCUAGAUACUUGUAAUUAUUAAACUAAUCAAAAGUAUUUUAUUGCCUAUAAUUAUUUUACAUCACAGUCUAAAGAAAAUUUAGUCAACACUGAAUUUUUAUUUUUUUAACAUAAUUAAAAAAAUAAAAAAAACUAAUACUUAUUGUUCAUACUAAAUUUUUGUGAUCCAUGACUUCACCUUAAUUACUUAGAUAGGAAUGCUUGUAUUCAUUAAUCAUCCAUGUUUUAAAAAUUGGAUACAACCAGUCAAGAUUAAACGAGAGAUUAAAGCACAGCUGAAUUGCUUUUAUAGUUUUAAAAUAUAAGCAAAUCAGGCAUUACCUACUAAAUUAUUUUCGAGUUGCACAAUCUUUUUUUAUUACGUAUCCUUUUUUUUGAUCUGAUGAUAUUUAUUUUUCACUAGUUAUAGUUACUUAUACUUUAUUUAUAUUUAUUUAUUUAUUCGGAUAAUACUUCGUACUUUAUGUCUAUAUUUACUCUACAGAAUAAAUAAGCUAGGUAUUUGAAUAGGCAUUGUUGCACUAUUGUACGUGGAAAGUUGGAAGAGUAAAAUAAUAUAAAGGUUAAUAUAAAUUUUGUUUAUAUAAUGUAUGUAAAUCAUUGCAAAAUAAAACAUUUCUGAUCAAAGUUUAGGUAAACCUUCUUUUUUAUAAAUUAAAUUCAAAAAUUGUAUUAAUUUUUAAUUACAAAAUAAAUUACAAAUAUUUGUGAUUUUACAAGCCAUCAAAAUUUCAACUGAAGAUCCUUAAAGAAAAAAAAUAAUCAACUGUGGUUUUUCAACAUUUUAAAGCAUGCAUCAUAAUAAAACUAGUGUAUAGGGAUACACUAGUUUUUACUGCGCUCAACAUCUAAUAAAUAAUCCUAGGAAUAAUUUUUAAGAACUUAAGUUGGACAGGUUUUAAAUUUAAUGAAUAACAUUACCCAUAUGAUUUUUUUUUAUUUUUUUUUUAGGAAUGCAGUGGUUUUGCAGUUACCGAAUAAAGAAACAUUGAAAACGGAUACUAAACUUCCUGUAGUUCCACCUUAUAUAAGUGCUAAAAAUGUUCACAAUGUUAAUCAGAGUUUAUCCAAUGAAAAGAAAAAAGAUAGCUCACCUAAUAAUGUUAAGCAGAUAAAUACAUUAAAUGAACGCAAAAUGAAUGAUCCAAAGAUUUUGGAUGACAGUACUUUUACAUUGCGAUUGAUUAAUAGAAUUCAACAUCUAUCACCAUCAACUGCAAAAUACGCAAGACUGAGUAUUUUUGGAUGUAAAGUUAGUAUUAAUAUAUUUAUAUAAAUAAAUUAUAACAAUAAUUUAAACAUAUUUGGUUAUUUUUGAUUUCAGUAUCUAUAUAAAGAUAUUAUAGUUUUAUUGUCAGCUUAUAAAAAAAGUUUCUUUACUGAUUUGUCUGCAUUGACUUAUGCUGAAUUGGAAUUGAAGUAUAGACUGCCAUUACAACUAGUUCGGUUGACACCAAUCUUACUCUGCUGGCCAGUACCUUUUACUAAUUUUUUAUUGUUUCCACUAGCGUAAGUUGAAAUAUUUUAUUUAUCUAAAUUACAUUCUAAUAUAUCAUACAUGUUGAUACAUAUGAAAACAUAUGAGUGACAUUAUAGAAUUAAUGGAUUAACCAUUUUAUCCCAUUAUUACCAUAUAUACCAUUAAAUGUACACAUAUUGUGUACAUUUAAUGAAAUAUCAAGCUAAAUUUUAAUUAAUUUAAUAUAAUUUUAGAUUUAUGCUUCCUAAAUAUUUGUUGUCUGAGCAUUUUUGGACAGAUGAGCAAUUAAAAGAGUUUUGGACAAAAGAUUUACAGAACAAUUUUGAACAUAAUGUCAGAGUUUUUGAGUAUGGUUAUUUUAAUUAAUCUUUAUAUAUAUAUAUAUAUACAUAUAAAAAAAAAAAACAAUAAUAAUAAUAAUAUUAAAAAGAAAUAACAGAAUUUGCAAAUAUGUGGUUAUAAAUGUUUGUACUGUUGCAUUUAUACUACAUUAAAUAUUUAAAAAGAUAAGACAAGUUUAAUUUAUAUGUUUAUAGGCAUCUGAGUUUGAUGGCUGAAGAAUGUUCAGAUGAAAUGCUAUUGAAAUGGUUUCGUGUGAUUGAAUGUCUCGGAGCAGGAGGCAUAUCUCCAGUGGAUGACAUUAUACAAGCUAUACCAGUGUUUACUAUGUAUCCGUAUCAUUUUAGCACUUUACCACGUCAACAUAUUGUAUGUUUUUUUCAAUACCUAUUGAACUAUUUAUUGAUGUAUUAUUAUUAUUUAUUUUCUAUAGACGGUACUAUUGAAAAUGUAUAACAUGCACCGUGGAUGGAGAAGAAGAGUGAGAUUAAAGAAAUUAGCACACUUUAUACAAUUUAUGGAUAAAGCAAUAGAAUCUGAAGGUGGACCAAAUAAAUUAAAUGACAAACAAUUACAAUGGGUGUGUUAUUUAAUAUUAUAUUUGUAGUGAAGAAGUUAUUUUUAAUUUGUAUAUAGGACUGAACUAGGGAUUAUGCAAUUAAGUGUUUUGAAAUAUUAAUGAUUGAUGGACCAAUUAUUAGUUGACAAUUAUUGAAAAUAUUUGGUUUUUCAAUUAAUUGGAUAAUUGAAUAUAACUAAAAAUUGAUUAUAAUUGAUUAACUAUAUUAAUUUAACAAUGAAAUGUUAAAUACAUCUUAUAAUUAAAAAAAAAAAAAAAAAAAAAACAAGCUUAAUAACAUUUGUUAUUCUCAUUAAACAAUACACAUAUAAUGUAUGGAAUAAUAUGAUUACCUUACUUAAUAUAACAUGUACAAUACAAAUCUUGCAAUAGAUAAGAUGGUAAUUUGUCAUUUGUUUGAUAGUUUAGGAGUUUAUGACUAAGUAGACAGUUAAACUUUAUAUUAAUUUAUUUAAAAUCUUAUGAUAUUUGAUUUUCAACUUAUUUACUAUUCACAAUUUAAAUCACUAUCUUUCAUACAAAAUCUUGAUGUACCACUUUGAUUAUUCCUUUUCUUUUUAACCAGUUUGCAGUAUGUUAACUAUAUUAUUUUUAAAACGUAUCCAAUAUAGAUAAAUUAUAAAAAAUACAGUUUUAGUAGUUUUGUAUUUUCACUAUUAUAAAUUGUUUUAAAUAAAAAUAUACAAUUAAUUUAUUCCAUUAAACAUUAAAUUUGUAUAAUUUUAAUUUUUUUUCACAAUAUUAAGUUUUUUAAAUUAGUUUAAAGCAAAAUCUAGAUUAUUUUAUUUAAAAGAGUAAAAAUUAUAUUUAGGUUAAACAUUUUUGUAUUAAAAUAACUGAAAGAUUUGUAGAAAUAAUAAUAUGCAUUGUUUUUACUGAUGACGUUUUAUUAUAUAUUUUAGGCUUGUCUCUUCAGAGGGUUAAAUCCUUUUUCAUCGUCCAGAGAAACUCUUGUCUUGUACAUAGAAGACUGGAUAAAGAUCUCCUCCAAAAUUGAUUAUGAUUCACUCAGCUGUAUACUUCAUUGCCAGGUUUUGUUGGCCUUAAAUCGAUCAGAAAACAAUAUGUUCAGAAAGACAGAAUAAUAAUUUAAAAAAAGAAAACUAAUUAUCGAUUAAAACCUAGACAGAAUAAAACUAUUUUAAUGAAUGCACUAUAAUAAAAUCUAGUCUGUUCUUUUAUUUUGUAGUAUUUAAAUCAAUAUUUUAUGAGAAAACUAUUGAUUGACACACAUAUUCAGUGGUGUGAAUAACAUUCUGUCUUGGUGAUAUUUUAUUUUUUUACAUUGUAACAUUGUUAAGUAAAUAGUAUUUUCAAAUUUAAUAUUAUUUAAUUGUAUUUUUAUAGUGAAUUUUUAUAUAUGAUUUGUUAAUUUAUAUAUAAUUAUGAGCUUGAAAAUGUUUGAAUCGAUUUGAAAAUAUAAUUUGUUUGGAAAAAAUGUGGCCGAUUAUUUAAGUUACAAUUCAAAUUAUUCAAAUUUGAAUUCUUUUUCUCCUUAUAUUAGCUUUGAAAACACAUCUGUCUCUUUAU